UCUGUGAAAAAUUGACACCUCCUUUUCUGAUUCUAACACUGAAAUUAAUCUGUUUAGGCGUUGCCUUUAUUUAUCUGACAAAUAAUUGUUUUAAAAAUCCUAAUAGGUUGAAGAUUAGUUUAAUUCAACCUUGCUAUUUCGCUUGGAGAAGCAUGAUUAUUGUGUCAGUCGGAAGGUGAAUUCAUAUGUAAAUGUAAUCACUGUUUACAUUUUUUAAUUCGUGUUGCACUCAUCUGCUGUUGAUCAUUUUUCCUUCAUCUUGUAUUUUACUCCCUCUUUAUUCUGUGUAAAUUGUCUGCGAUGAAUUACUCUUCAAAUUACUCAGCGAUUUGUUUUGCUCUCUGGCCAAGUUUGAGUCUACAUCAAUGAUCACUGAUCUAUCGGUUUAUGCUUAUGACUGGUUUAAUCGACUUUCCAACAUGCAACAAUUACCUCUUUUUCAACGGCAGACACUUUCGCAAACACGAUGGCUUUCUCCAUUAAAAUUUAACUCUCGAACCAAACAUUUGCUUCACUGUUGCCUUCUAUUCACCUUAAUCAUUAUAUUCAUUUUUCAAUUGAUCUACUCUACCGACCAGGAGGCCAAAAAGUUUGAUCCCAUUGCUAAAUAUGGAGUUUUUGCCUGCACAAUUCUUUAUUUGUUGAGAUUUUUGGCUCUUCUCGCUCUUCCACAGUGUCUAUGUAAUUUUCUUGGCUUAACCAUCUACAACACCUUUCCAAAGAAAGUUAAAUUAAAGGGCAGCCCAUUGUUAGCUCCUUUUAUUUCUUUCCGAACUGUAACCAGAGGAGAUUAUCCUGAUUUGGUCAAAUCCAAUGUUCAACAAAAUUUAUCAACUUGCUUGGCAGUUGGUGUUGAAAAUUUUAUCUUUGAAGUGGUCACCGAUAGACCUGUUAAUCUGGAAAAACAUCCUAGAAUCAGAGAAAUUGUUGUACCUCUUGAUUACAAAACUAAAACGGGUGCUCUGUACAAGGCUCGAGCACUUCAAUAUUGUUUGGAAGAUGAUGUUAAUAUUCUUGGAGAGGAAGAUUACAUUGUUCAUCUUGACGAAGAAACUUUAGUAUCUGAAAACUCUGUUCGUGGCGUAUUGAAUUUUACCAUGAGAGGAAAACAUGAAUUUGGUCAAGGUUUAAUCACUUAUGCUAAUGGAUCUAUUGUAAAUUGGUUCACAACUUUAGCAGACUCUUUCAGAGUUGCUGAGGAUAUGGGCAAGCUUAGAUUUCAAUUCUACAUGUUUCAUCGUCCUUUAUUCAGCUGGAAAGGUUCUUAUGUCGUUACCAAGUACAAAGCAGAAAAGGCCGUUUCAUUUGACCAUGGAUUAGAUGGAUCGGUUGCUGAAGACUGUUACUUCUCAAUGAUAGCAUAUAAAAAAGGUUAUACCUUUGAUUUCAUUGAAGGAGAAAUGUGGGAAAAGUCACCAUUCUCCAUAUCUGAUUUCAUUCAACAAAGAAAAAGAUGGUUACAAGGAAUCUUUCUGGUUGUUCAUUCACCUAAAAUACCUUUUCAAAAUAAGCUGUUUCUAACCAUGUCUCUCUAUGCAUGGAUGACCAUUCCUUUAAGCACGUCCAACAUUGUUUUAGCAUGGUUAUGCCCACUACCAACUGACGAUUUCGUCUUUUUCAAUACUCUAGUCGCUUUUGUGGGUGCCGUUAACGUUUACAUGUACAUCUUUGGUGUUAUCAAAUCUUUUAGUUUGAUGCGUUUAGGAUAUUCUAAGUUUAUCUUCUGCUUAAUUGGUGCCCUUUGUGCCAUUCCAUUCAACAUUGUUAUUGAAAAUAUUGCUGUUAUUUGGGGAUUUUUUGGUAACAAGCAUAAAUUUUACGUGGUUCAGAAGCAAGUUGAAACGCUUUAAAGUAACAUUCAUCAUAUCACCCCGUGCAUCAUCAUUAACGUGAAUCAUCGCCGAAGAUUUCAUGGAUUGUUAUAUUAUCCAUUCAUCUAUCAAACAAUUGGGCCAUUGAGCUUAAAUGAGUCAUUCUGCUAUCAAUCGUAUGAAGUUCGAGAAUUUUUCUGAGAAUCGGUGAAUUUAAUUGUUCUGUUACUAGUCAAACAAGUAAACAGUCGAACUUGCAGCCUCCUGUUGAAAGUUUUACGACUUUAACAAAAAGAUUAUCUAAUCAAUGAGUUCUCUUUGAGUCAACCAUUGUAUUGUUUCAAAGAUUAUUUCUUAGCUGAUUCAUAACAUGUAAAUUUAUCUCGAAUCAAUGAAGAGUUUUAAUCUUAUCAAAAAUCAAAAUAAUCUAUAACCCGAAAAUGGAAUCUAAAACUCAUUUUGGUUCUGGCAAAUGACCCGAUUCUGUGUAAAAAAUUAGCAUAACUUAACUUAAGAUAACCAGAAGUAAAUGGAACGACAUAGCGACAUAAUUCUACUUCAAAUUUCGUCUUUAAAAGCCAAUCCAGCGUCAA